CGGGAGUCCACCGUAAAUCCGAGCGUCGCCCUGGCUUUCCAUGGGCAAUUAGCCACUAGACCCCGGAACCCUGCUUGGAGCAGCAACCUCUGCAACGGCACGUGGGGCAUUAUUGGAGAAAUUUACGGCCGGGAAAUUGCCAAUUUCUUUGCCCGUUGA